AUGCUGGCAGUGAUGUAGAGGGGACUGACUCCAAUUGCACCGUGUUGGGAAUGGCCCUGCCAUGGUACGGGGAAAACAAACAGGCACAUUCACGGGGGGGCAGAAUGUCUGUGUCUCUGCAGCGUGAGCUCUGCGCUCUGUAAGGGAGAAUGAUCACAGGAUUUGGGAACCUCAUGCAGGAUGUGCUGUGGUGCUUCAGUCAAGUGAAAGGAACUAUAGAUAUUGGGGUGACAGAAGCUGACAUCAUCUCUACUGUAGAAUUCAACCACACUGGAGAAUUACUAGCAACAGGGGACAAGGGGGGCCGUGUUGUAAUAUUUCAGCGUGAGCAGGAGAGCAAACACCAACCCCAUCGCAGGGGAGAGUACAAUGUCUACAGCACCUUCCAGAGCCACGAGCCGGAGUUCGAUUACCUGAAGAGUCUGGAGAUAGAGGAGAAGAUCAAUAAGAUACGAUGGCUCCCGCAGCAGAACGCAGCCUAUUUCCUGCUCUCCACCAAUGAUAAGACGGUGAAGCUAUGGAAGGUCAGCGAGCGGGACAAGAGGCCGGAGGGAUACAACCUCAAGGAUGAGGACGGCCGUCUUCGGGACCCCUCCAUGAUCACCAUGCUGCGGGUACCCGUGCUCCGGCCCAUGGACCUGAUGGUGGAGGCCACCCCCCGGCGGGUGUUUGCCAACGCUCAUACCUACCACAUCAACUCCAUCUCCGUCAACAGCGACUACGAGACCUACAUGUCGGCAGACGACCUGAGGAUAAACCUCUGGAACUUUGAGAUCACAAAUCAAAGUUUUAACAUCGUGGACAUCAAACCAGCCAACAUGGAGGAGCUGACGGAGGUGAUCACGGCCGCCGAGUUCCACCCCCACCACUGCAACACCUUCGUCUACAGCAGCAGCAAAGGCACCAUCCGGCUGUGCGACAUGCGCACCUCCGCCCUCUGCGACCGCCACGCCAAGUUUUUUGAAGAGCCCGAAGAUCCAAGUAACCGCUCGUUUUUUUCUGAGAUCAUCUCCUCAAUCUCCGAUGUCAAAUUCAGCCACAGUGGGAGGUAUAUCAUGACCCGAGACUAUCUCACCGUCAAGGUGUGGGACCUGAACAUGGAGAACCGGCCCAUUGAGACCUACCAGGUUCACGACUACCUGCGCAGCAAGCUGUGCUCUCUCUACGAGAACGACUGCAUCUUCGACAAGUUCGAGUGCGUCUGGAACGGGUCAGACAGCGUCAUCAUGACCGGCUCCUACAACAACUUCUUCCGCAUGUUCGACCGCAACACCAAGCGCGACGUGACGCUGGAGGCCUCGCGGGAGAACAGCAAACCCCGCGCCAUCCUCAAGCCCCGCAAGGUCUGCGUGGGCGGCAAGCGCAGGAAAGACGAGAUCAGCGUGGACAGUCUGGACUUUAGCAAAAAGAUCCUGCACACAGCUUGGCACCCCUCCGAGAACAUCAUCGCCGUGGCAGCAACAAAUAACCUGUAUAUAUUCCAGGACAAGGUUAACUAGGAGGACAAGGUCUUUAGGAAUCUCAUGUACUGAAUACUAGUAAACACAAGAUUUCAGCUCUUUCUUUUCUUUCUUUCUGUCAGUCUGUCUUUUUUUUUCCCUUUUCCUUCCUGUUCCAUUGUUCAGUCCUUGCUCUGCAGCUCCUGUUGUGCAGAGGGGAGCACACCCACCCCCCAGGGCAGGGGGGCACCCAGCAGACACCAGAUUUCUCUUUAUUUACCUGUGGAGAGCGAAGGCGUGAGGUGGGGAGGUGGAGGCUCUGGCUGUGGCGGUUCCCCGGCGGUGGGGGGCUGGCUGCCCCCACUGGUGUCCCCCUGUGGUGACUGGGCAGGGGGAGAAGGGGCGCCGGGCACCAGCUGGGUGCCCUGGGGCAGCUCUAGUUACAGCAGAUUGUGUUAAACUGGUCCUAGAAAUACCCCACUGGUUACGCUGCAAGACCAGAACACCAUCCCCUUUGCCAUUUUUCACAUUUGUCUUUUUAUUAUUAUUAUUUUGUGUUUUUACCAACACAGCAAAACCAAACGUAAAACGGAACAGUUCAGCUUUGCAACGGACAAGCGUAAAGGGGGGAUCUGCUGCGACUGAGCGGGGUCUGCGCUGGCCCCGCUGCUCCCCCCCCCCCAACACUCUCCUGAGGAUUUGGCUUUGUGGAUACUGUGGUGCCUUUUUUGGUAUACGAAAUACCUUUAUAAAUGAUGCUUCCAAACUGCAUUGAUUGCAAACCAAAUUGAACCUGGGCUUUUCUUCUGCAUUUCUUGUCUUUUGCUUUGGUCAUCCUUACUUGUUCUGUUGUAAGCUCUUGCAUGUUGUGACUGUCUCUCUCUCUCUCAUUUUCCCUUUCUUUUUUAAUUAAUUUAUUUAUUUAUUCAACUUUUUAAAAGAUAAAGUAUAGGUUGCUAAUUUAUGACCUUCUAAAAAAGAAUUCAACCGUAUAUUGCUGUUAGCACCUGACUGCUUCAGAGAGAGGCUGUCUGUGGUCCUACAUUAUAAUAAUAAUAAUAAUAAUGAUAAUAAUAAUAAAAACAAUAACUCUUCCUCUUUGCAUGGCAAGGCUGCCCCUUUCUACUCUGGAGAUUGUUCAGGUCCCUCUUUUACUUGAGCAGCUUUUCGAUAAAAAAAGAACUACUGAAGUUUCAGUCAAUCUGAAAACUGCUCCUGCAACAAAAAGCAAAUGAAUAAAGUCAAUUAAAAAAAACAAAUUCAACACUGUCACUGUAGAAGUGGCUCCAUGAAGGUGACCCUGCUCUGCAUCCGCUCCGGGGGGCAGCGGGGAUCCCAUCAGCGCCCGCAUCCUACAUCCUGGCACGACUCCACGGGCAAAGUGCCCCCCGGGACAGUCUCCACGGGGCACCAGGAGCUCCCCAAUGUGUCCCACCGCGGCCUCCAGCUCUUCCACCCGCCCAGGGACACGAACGCUGCCGGCUCCAGGAGCAAGGGACCAUGGAAAACGGGGGUGGGGACCCCUGGCUGUGCCCGGGCCGCGGGACAGAGCCCGGGGUGCUGCGGGGUCCCCGGCAGCGCAGGGAGAGCUCGCUGCUGUCAGAGGAGAGAUGACAAGGGAAAAACAAAGUGCACUGGCUUAGAACUUUGUUACACGUGAUGGCUUUCAGGAGUAACUUUUUUUUUUAAAAAAUGAAAUGGUAAAAAAAAAAUAGCAAGAGUAAAUGAAACAUUUUUUAAAAAAAUGUUCUUUUUUGGUUCCUGUAAAGAAAGCCUGCACUCUGGUGUCAGAAGUAAAGUUGUCCCAAAUGUG